CACGUGAAAAAAGGCCCCAACACAAGCCGGGUGUUGCCUUCUGAGAGUCUGGGCUUAGGCAGGUGGUGUUGCAGCUACUUUGCCUGACACCUUCCCGCUCUUCCCUCUGGGACCGGCAGCUGCACCCUCAUGGCUGAGGUGAAAGUAAAGGUGCAGCCGCCGGACGCUGAUCCGGUCGAAAUAGAAAGCAGGAUUAUAGAGUUAUGUCACCAGUUCCCUCAUGGAAUCACAGAUCAAGUAAUUCAAAAUGAAAUGCCUCAUAUAGAAGCCCAGCAGCGGGCAGUGGCCAUCAAUAGACUACUUUCUAUGGGUCAGUUGGACCUGUUAAGGAGCAAUACAGGCCUUUUGUAUAGAAUAAAGGAUUCUCAGAAUGCUGGUAAAAUGAAAGGGUCAGAUAACCAAGAAAAACUAGUAUAUCAAAUCAUAGAGGAUGCAGGAAAUAAAGGUGGGGACUGGAGGCUCAAACUCUGGUACUUGCACAUUGUGACAUAUGCACUCAACCAAGUGUGCCACCACCCAACUCCCAGACAUACCUUUUUCAUAGGAUGCUUCCUAUGCUCUAGGAGAAUAUGGAGCAGAGAUAUCAGAUACAAAAGUAACUUGCCGUUAACUGAAAUUAACAAAAUUCUAAAGAAUUUGGAAAGUAAAAAGCUGAUCAAAGCUGUUAAGUCUGUGGCAGCCUCAAAAAAGAAGGUAUAUAUGCUUUAUAACCUGCAGCCAGACCGGUCUGUGACUGGUGGAGCCUGGUACAGUGACCAGGAUUUUGAAUCUGAAUUUGUAGAAGUUCUUAACCAGCAGUGCUUUAAAUUCUUACAAACCAAGGCGGACACGGCACGAGAAAGCAAACAGAAUCCGAUGAUACAAAGAAAUAGUUCAUUUGCUUCAUCACAUGAAGUGUGGAAAUAUAUCUGUGAAUUGGGAAUCAGUAAGGUAGAAUUAUCCAUGGAAGACAUUGAAACUAUCUUGAAUACACUUAUUUAUGAUGGAAAAGUAGAAAUGACGAUCAUUGCUGCAAAAGAAGGCACAGUUGGAAGUGUAGAUGGUCAUAUGAAACUGUAUAAGGCAGUCAAUCCAAUCAUCUCACCCACAGGUUUGGUCCGUGCACCCUGUGGACUCUGCCCGGUUUUUGAUGACUGCCAUGAAGGUGGUGAGAUAUCACCAUCUAAUUGUGUCUACAUGAUGGAGUGGCUUGAAUUUUAAUAGCACUGAAACAUCACUGACAUUUUGGGAAUUACUUUGGGAGUAAAUAAUUUACUUCAUGAUGGAACAUCAGAGUCCCUUGAAGGCUAAUUUCACAGUGAUGGAUACAGAUUUCCUACCAUAAAAAAUGUGUUUUUAAUCUAUCAAGACUAAUUGUUUAUUGGUAGCAUGGUCAAUAAUUAUGAAGCAGGUAAGAUUAGUAGUAAACUCUCCAGGAAAUAAAAUACUUUUAAGUUCUAGAGGACCAUAUCUGACACUUCUAAGACUUGAUGGUUAGGAAAAAGAAGCCAACAAAUCCACAUUUUCCAAGUAUUAUAAUAAUCACUAAAACUUCAAAAUGCCUGCUUCAAAGAAAUUUUUAUGGUCUUCAUUUGAAGAUUUUUAAUCUGGCUCACCAUCUCUAUUUUCUCUUUUUUUAAAAAAAAUAUUUAUUUUAUUUAUUCCCUUUUGUUGCCCUUGUUGUUUUAUUGUUGUAGUUAUUAUUGUUAUUGUCGUUGUUGGAUAGGACAGAGAGAAAUGGAGAGAGGAGGGGAAGACAGAGAGGAGGAGAGAAAGAUAGAUACCUGCAGACCUGCUUCACCGCCUGUGAAGCGACUCCCCUGCAGGUGGGGAGCCGGGGUUCGAACCGGGAUCCUUAUGCCGGUCCUUGUGCUUUGCGCCACCUGCGCUUAGCCCGCUGAGCUACAGCCCGACUCCCUCUAUUUUCUAUUACUCAGUGGCUUAAUAAAAAAGUUAUUGUAAAUAACAGAAGGAAGGGAAAAUGGAAUUGGGACUUCCUUUUUCUAUAAACUUUUUUUUUUUUUUUUUCCUGUUUGUUUCUUUUGCAGAGCCUGGGCCUCAUGCAUGCAUUGUUUCACCAUUCCUAGUUUUUUUGUUUGUUUGUUUGUUUGCUUUACCAGAGUGCUGCUCAACUGGUUCUUAGUAGUACUGGGAAUUUCACCUGUGACCUUGGAGCUUCAGACAUGAAAGUCCUUUGUAUUAUGUCCCCUGCCCUUCAGGCUACUUUCUCCCUCCUUUUCUUCCUUUUCCUUCCUUCCUUCCUUCCUUCCUCCCUCCUCCCUCCUUUCCUUCCUUCCUUCCUUCCUUUCUUCUUUCCUUCCUUCCUUCUUUCCUUUCACUUAGAGGGGAGGGGAGGAUAGGGAGAGAGACACUUGUAGCACUGCUUUACCACUUAUGAAGCUUCCUCCCUUGCAGGUUGGGACUAGGAGCUUGAACUCUAGUAGUGUGUACUUGCAGGGUGCACCACUGCUUGAUCUCCCUCCAGGCUACUUUUUCCAUUUGACAGAAAGGCUGAGGGCAACUCCCAUAUGGUACCAGGACUUAACCCUGGGCCUGUACAUACCUCAGGCACUGAACUAUCUCAACAGCAUAUGUGUAUGUUGUCUGUCUGUAUCUCUGUCUCUCUGGGGACUUGCCUAGGUGUGUUACACUGGUCUUUAGCCUUUUUUUUUCCCCCUCCCAUUCUUUAUUUCAGACACAAAGAUAUCACUGUCUGUGGCGUUUCCCUGGGUGUGGUACUCUCAUGUAUGUAGUGCUGGGGAACUCAUGUAUGUAGUGCAUGAUAAGGCACAUGCCCUACCAAAUGAGCUUUAUUUUUUGUUAGAAAUACUUUUUAAAAGAAUAAUUAGGGGGAGUUGGGCGGUAGUGCAGUGGGUUAAGUGCAGGUGGCACAAAGCGCAAGGACUGGGUAAGGAUCCCGGUUCGAGCCCCCAGGCCCCCACCUGCAGGGGAAUUGCUUCACAAGCAUUGAAGCAGAUCUGCAGGUGUCUGUCUUUCUCUCCCCCUCUCUGUCUUCCCCUCCUCUCUCCAUUUCUCUCUGUCCUACCCAACAACGACGACAUCAAUAACAACAAUAAUAACUACAAAAAAAUGGGGCAACAAAAGGGAAUAAAUACAUAAAUCAAAAGAAAAAAAAUUAGGAAGAGAGAGCCAGAGUAUUUCUCUGGAUAUGUGAUGCCAAGGAUUAAACUCAGAACCUUGCCAGGCUAGCCUGAGGGUGUUUCUUCCUGGGCAUGUGCUCUCUGGGUUGGAGAGAACUCUGCCAGAGCCAACCUAGGCUGCUGCCUACUCAGCAACUCGAGAGAGGAACCGGGAACUCUCAUGGCUGAGUGGGAACGCAAUGCCAUGCUGGCUUCAUCUGCAUUUAUACUUUCCAGGAAGGAAGUGGUAGGGUGUAAAAUAAGUACGUAGGAGAAGGGGGUGGAGUGGAAAAAGCUCAAACCAGUGGGGAUUAAACCAAGGCGGGUCUCAAACAAACCAAUGAUUAUGUAAAUAGACCACAGCGUUAAGCAAUGCAGGGGAACCUGGCAUGACACGGAUAGAAACAGAAGCAGAACUAGCCAAAGGAGAAAUGUUGACCAACAAACCUCAUGCAUGUAAGUCCAGCACUUUAUAUCCGCUUUGCAGUCUUUCAUAGGAUUAUGCUGCUAUAUUUACAUCAAACCCAAAUGAUGACUGUUGUUAAGGGUAUAUAUUACCAUUGUAUAAAUAUUAUCAUUUUCACCCUAAAGGGAAUAUUUUCACUGGGCUUUUGUUAAAGUCUUAUUACGUUUUUCACUCUGUGCCAAUUACAUUAUUAGCUAUAAUUACCCCCCAAAAUUCUUAUUGUUUAACUAAAAUUAAAACUGAAAAUAAUCCAUUGCUCUCCA